CAGUCGCGCGCCGGCCGCUGUCAGGGUAGGGUGUGUAUUUAUGUUUCCGCGAUGAUCACGGUUAAGCCACCGUAGGUUAUGUUUACCCGCGUCGCGAAAACGAUGCACAUCUUCACCCGCCGAUUUCUCUAAGAAUCAUCAUUUUCCGAUGUCCAUUUGUCCCUGGAAUCAUCAUCUCAACGAUUUUCAUUGGAUUGUUUGAGAUUUCUUCAACGGCGGAUCGCUUGACAUGCAUAACUGCUCCGAGAAGUGCGCUGCAGAACGAUAAAUGCGUAGGGACGUAUCUACUUAUCCGCUACAAACAUAGUAGGUGCGGUAGCGUUCGUGUGAAGGACCACCGAAGGGCCGCGACGGUGGGUUUUCGAGAUGAGCUAUGAAUCUGGGUUGUCUAGAAGCCUCUGUCUUCAUUCUUCAGCUGCUCCAGCUGCCCUCGGUGCUCGAUGCGCUACCCUCCGUCGUCAAAAUCGGUGCUAUAUUCACUCAUGACCAAAAGGAUAGCAGCACAGAGCUGGCCUUCAAGUACGCCGUUUACAAGAUCAACAAGGACAAAAUUAUCCUGCCGAAGACCACGCUGGAGUACGACAUCCAGUACGUGCCAAAAGAUGAUUCGUUCCACGCGUCAAAGAAGGCAUGUCAGCAGGUCAAAUACGGCGUCCAGGCGGUCUUCGGGCCUUCGGAUCCGAUUCUUGGGCAGCACAUACACAGCAUCUGUGAUGCCCUCGACAUCCCACAUCUCGAGGCCAGGCUGGACCUGGACGCGGGGGCGAAAGAGUUCAGCAUUAAUCUUUAUCCCGCACAAAGUCUACUCAACGCCGCUUAUCAGGACGUCAUGGAGUUCCUCAAUUGGACCAAGGUGGCGAUCAUCUACGAAGACGACCAUGGGUUAGUGAAGCUUCGGGAGCUGGUGAGAUCGCCGAAGAUCCGUGACAUCGAGGUCAAUCUCAGACAAGCAGAUCCCGACUCGUACAGGCAGGUCCUCUCCGAAAUGAAGAGCAAAGAAAUUCGAAAUCUCAUCGUGGACACAAGACCCGAGCACAUGCAUCAUUUUCUACGAAUGAUCCUGGAGCUGCAGAUGAAUGAUUAUAAGUACCACUACCUCUUCACGACUUUCGAUAUCGAAACCUUCGACCUCGAGGACUUCAAGUACAAUUUUGUCAAUAUCACUGCCUUUCGUUUGGUCGACGCGGAUGACGUCGGCGUACGUAGUAUCCUGAGGGACAUGGAACGCUAUCAGCCGGCGGGGAACACAAUUCUCAAUAAAUCGAGGAUAAUCCAGGCCGAGCCGGCACUAAUGUACGACAGCGUACAGGUAUUCGCGGUGGGAUUACGCACUCUGGAGCAAUCCCAUGCUUUAAGGCCCGCCAAUAUUUCCUGCGAACUCGAGCACCCCUGGGACGGCGGCUUGUCUCUCACCAACUACAUCAACUCGGUCGAGAUGAAAGGAAUCUCCGGGCCUAUUGAAUUUAAAGAAGGCCGUAGAAUACAGUUCAAAUUGGAUCUGCUGAAAAUGAAACAACACUCGCUCGUCAAGGUCGGCGAGUGGCGUCCCGGCGUCGGCGUCAACGUCACGGACACUGCGGCAUUUUUCGAGCCCGGCAUCGGAAACGUAACGCUGAUCGUGAUCACUAUAUUGGAGAUGCCAUACGUGAUGAUGCACCACGAAAAGAACUACACCGGGAAUUCGCGAUUUUACGGUUUUUGCGUGGACCUCCUGGCGGCGGUGGCAAGGCAAGUGGGCUUCUUGUAUCGGCUGGAUCUGGUGCCGGACAGGAAGUACGGCGCGCGGGACCCGGAAACCGGCGAGUGGAACGGCAUCGUGCGAGAGCUCAUGCGACAUGAGCAGCCGUAUGUAAUGCUGAAGAGCGGGGGGAAUUUCAGCGGGGACGCGCGCUACGAGGGCUUCUGCAUCGACCUGCUGAAGGAGAUAGCGCGCAUAGUGGGCUUCACUUACAGGAUCGAGCUCGUGCCGGACGGCAAGUAUGGCGUUUACGAUUACGAGACCGGCGAGUGGAACGGGAUGGUGCGCCAACUGAUGGACAAGAAGGCUGAUCUCGCAGUCGGCUCGAUGACGAUCAAUUACGCGCGUGAGAGCGUCAUCGACUUCACGAAGCCGUUCAUGAACUUAGGCAUCUCGAUCCUCUUCAAGGUACCGACCAGUCAUCAAGCACGACUCUUCUCCUUUAUGAAUCCACUGGCGAUCGAAAUCUGGUUAUACGUUCUUGCGGCUUACGUCCUGGUGUCGGUGACAAUGUUCGUAGUUGCACGGUUCAGCCCGUAUGAGUGGAACAAUCCUCAUCCGUGUCACGCCGGGUCAGAAGUCGUCGAGAACCAGUUCUCCUUGUCGAACAGCUUCUGGUUCACCAUUGGAACCCUCAUGCAGCAGGGCAGCGAUUUAAACCCAAAGGCUAUGAGCACGCGUAUCGUAGGUGGUAUAUGGUGGUUCUUCACCCUAAUCAUCAUUUCGUCAUACACUGCGAAUCUGGCGGCUUUCCUUACGGUCGAAAGAAUGAUCACGCCGAUAGAAAACGCCGAAGACCUCGCCAGCCAGGCGGACAUUGCUUACGGCACUCUAGACAGCGGAAGCACGAUGACUUUCUUCAGGGACUCGAUGAUCGAGACAUACAAGAAGAUGUGGCGAUUCAUGGAGAACAAAAAGCCGUCCGUGUUUGUUCCAACUUAUGAAGAGGGUAUCCAGCGAGUUCUUCAGAGUGACUACGCCUUCCUGAUGGAGUCGACCAUGCUGGAUUACAUCGUUCAGAGAGAUUGCAAUCUCACACAAAUCGGCGGUUUUUUGGAUACUAAGGGAUAUGGAAUAGCUACGCCGAUGGGCUCACCGUGGCGAGACAAAAUAUCUCUGGCGAUUCUAGAAUUGCAAGAAAAAGGCGAAAUUCAGAUGCUCUAUAACAAAUGGUGGAAAAGUCCUAAGGAUACCUGCAUGAAGACGGAAAAGGGAAAAGAGAGUAAAGCCAACUCUCUAGGCGUCGACAACAUAGGAGGUGUCUUCGUGGUUUUACUGUGCGGUUUGGCAUUCGCCGUGCUUAUAGCGAUUUUCGAGUUUUGCUACAAUUCCAGGAGGAAUGCGCCAGCGGAACGGCAAAGGCAGCCGAUUCCUCCGACGUCUAGCUCCGGUUCUCUGCAGGGAAUUUCUCAGAUCGUGCAGCAACAGCAGCAGCAGCAACAACAGCAACAGCAGCAGUGCCAACCACAACAUCAACAGCCGCAACAAUCGAGUCAGCAGCAAGAAUCACUCUGCUCGGAGAUGGCGCGCGAAUUCUGUCAUGCCUUACGCUGCCACGCGUCGUCUCGACGACGACGUACCUGCGACAAAUGCUCCACGCACGUAAUCGGCUAUUCAUCGGACAAUCCCACUGCCACCCCUAUAAACGGGAUAAGAUCCCAAAGAAGCAGCCUGGCUGUACCCGUAGUCGAGUUGCCUCCGCACGUCCACAUGCAUCAUCACGCACCACUGCACGAUUACGACGGCAAUUAAAGGGGUUCGUCUUCGACGAGAGACAAACCGAUCAUGACAUUAGCCAUAAAACCCCGAGACAUAAGUACAAAGCGCAUAACGCGUCGCGGAAAGCAGUCGAUAGACUGUUAAUAAUUUCCGCCGAUUCGAAAGUAUCAUCAUUCAUCUAAAUCCCCAAACAGUUUGCACAAUAUUACGGGAACUUCAUGUUCUCCAUUACGAAAAGAGCUUAUGCGCAUUAGUAGAAUUGACGUGCGCUCCUUUUUCGCACAUUUGAUAAGUAAAUUCGAGAUCAAUGCGGUACGUUGAUCUAAUCGGUAAAGCAAUUCUAAAUAAAAAUUCUCUCGACCACUCGCGGUUUUUUGUACGACUAAUCGAUUCACGGGACGCUAUAAUUGUUCCGAGAGAAGUAUUCGCUACUUUAUCCGUGAAGUAUUUGAGUUAAGGUAGCCGAUGACUACUGAGAAAAUUAAAAAGUUGCGAAACGCGCUAUAUUUAUUAAUCCCCGACUUUGCCAAGGAAGUUUUCCUUCAACACGAUGUGAUCUAGAUCGAUGUUACAAUGAAUCGAGUAAUUAAGAGAUUAACGAUAUUACCUAGGCGAGUUUUAACAAAUGAUUGAACACUUUACGUAAUUGGAUUGUAAGUGCAAUAUUCCUAAAAUUAAGUUCUCGUUAAGCAAAUUAUUUAAUUAUAAAUUAAUUAUUUAAUAUAAUUAAUUAUUUAAUUAUAAAUUAACAAAAAAUUAUAAAUGUGAUUUAUGAGAAAAUUAUAAUGUGAAAAAUAAAGUAUUUCUCUCCAAGAGACAUCAAAAUUAGUGAAGUGACUUUCUCCGAGAUUUUUUAUUCUUUUAAUCUGUACGAUCUUCCUUACGUCAAGUCUUCAAUUGUUAGAAAGCGAUCACUGCGAGAUAGCAGUUACUAAAUCUAAUUCUAUUGUACUUCAACUGAUAUGAUUAAGAGAGUAGCUCAAGCUAAGAAUAGACGAUCGGUUUUUCCUACGCCCAGGAAGCUAGACCAUCAGGUAUAAUUUAUGACGGCAAUCACCGAAAUCUCUGCCAUUGAGCACGAUCAUGCUAUUCUCGCACGGGAUCUGAACGAUCCACAUGCACAGAAUGACAUUUACACACUGUUUGCGCCCUGUAAAUGCGUUCUCUUUUCACGAAGGACUACCUGUGAAGUGAACAAGAUGAACAAAGUACUUGCGAAGUGUGUUUUGUAAAUAUCGCCGCGAGAACAAAGCAGCAAUCAAAUUGUAAUGGAGAGUAUUUUAUGCAAAAGUGAGUCGAAUGAGUAAUCGUUAGUGCUAAUCGAGUACAACUUAGGCAUUUGAUGUCAUGUAACGUGUGCUGUAAUAUGAUGAUAGACGGCGAAUAAAUGUAAGAUAAGAGAACGGA